AUGAUCGACCAGUUCAGCAACCAGGAGGACCUGACGCUGACGGACCUGGUGCGGCACAACCUCCCGCGGCGCUUCCAGACGGUGGGCUUCUACGUGCGCGUGUUCGCCAUGUACGUCAUCCCGCUGGUGCUGGCACCGCUGCUCAGGGACCGCUCGCCCGAGAACCACGCCACCUUCAUCGUCCUCUACGUGCUCUUCCUCUGGCUUUUCCAGUCGAUUCCACCAGCCAUCGUGUCAUUUUUGCCCCUGAUUCUGGCGCCCACAUUCCUCAAUUCUGUAACUGACAGCCUGCUUCAAAACUACACGUCCGAAACAAUGGUGCUCUACAUAGCGUACGCGUUGGUGGUGAAUGGCGUGGAGGCGACCAACCUGCACAAGAGGCUUAUCCUGACGUCGUUGCUGGUGUUUGGCGGCAAGUCCGGCUUCAUCAUCGGCGGCUUCGUGACCACCACCAUACUGGUCUCGAUGUGGACGAACGCGGUGAAGACUGCCGCCAUUGUGCUGCCCAUCGCCAUGGAGGCCAUCCAGCACAUCCAGGACAACCGUCUCUUCCAUGUGUUCGAGCUGCGCACGCGCUUCCUGCACAAGCCGUUGGGCAUCGGCACGCCGAUCGUGGAGGCCCGUUACUUGAUCGAGGGUGGCAUCGUCAUCCCAGACGUGAUUCACAUCCUCAGCGAGUUUUUCACCGUCAAAAAGGGCCUCCUGAUCGGCAUCUGCUACUCGGCUGUGCUGGGCAGCAUGGGUUCCGUGGUCGGUUGCGGCGGCAACCUCUUCGUCAAGGCUUUCAUGGAGCAGAUGUACAACUACCGCACUCUCACCAUGUCCCACUGGGCGCUGUCGCACAUGCCGCUUACCGCCCUGUGUGCCUUCCUGUUGUGGAUCGUGCUGUCCGUGUGUUACUCCAGCGACGUGGUGUCCAGCGACCACAUCUCCAAGCGCGCCUUCGAGGACGUCAUCUACAAGCGGUUCGCCCAGCUGGGCGCCAUGACUUACACGGAGGUGGCCACUCUGAUCCUACUGUUCAUCAUGGCGCUGGCCAUUAUCGCCACCCACUACUACGCCGAGUACUCGGAGACCCUUGGAGCGGACAACCCGUUGAGUGAGAACGCGUGCGUCUGCAUCACGGUCAUCGUGAUGUACGCCCUGCCUCACGUCGGCACCGAGGAGGCCAAGUCCAACAGGCGUUGCCGGGUCCACAACGUGGAGCAGGCCGUCAAGAAAAUAUCUUGGGCCUUCGUGAUCACCAUGGGCGCCGGCAUCUGCGUCGCCAAGCUCAUCGUGGGCUACAACCUGCAGAAGUUCUUCAUGCACCUCUUGCCGCACAACCUCAUCUCGUCCACCUUCUGGCUCCAGGUGCUGGUUGCCUGCGUGGCGCUUGUGCUGGCGGAGAUCAACAACUCUCUGAAUAACAUCAUUAUUUUCGCACCAAUUAUAGCACACAUGUCGGACGCCGUCAAGGUUCAUCCCAUGUACUUAGUGAUGCCCUUCACCUUCUGCUCCUACUUUGGCUUCGUUCUUGCGUCGGCCACCCCGGUCUGCGAAUACGUUGCUGACUACGGAGAUCUUCAGGAGGAUGAAUUCCUGCUGCCGGGUAUCGCCAUGAAGAUAGGCUGUACCCUCAUAGUCAUCCUGGCUUACAACACCUGGUGCUGGGACAACUUCUCAUUGCGCAUGCCACUGGCUCCACUAAUGAGAAAUGGAACAGCAUCAACUUUUUUAUAG